AUGACUAAAAAGAAUAAUGAUAAAAGUGCUAGUAAAGAUAAAAAUGAAUCAGCUGACACUCUCUGCAUGGAUAUGCAAACAAAUAAUACUUCUGAAUCUUUUGUUAGCCUUAAUAAAUCAAUAAUGCCUUAAAAGAAAAUUUCAUUCAUAAGCAAAGAUCUGAAAAGUCUUAACACAAAUGAUUUGAUCAGGAAUACUCAGAUAAGUCCCAUUAAGAUACCCUAAUUAAAUUAAACAGAUAAGUUUAAUAACUCUGUUUCUAAUGGUGAUUAAUAGAAUCCACUUCAAACUACCACAAAAGAUCUAUUUAUACUGAAACUUUAAGAAAAUUUUAAGAAUCUUCAAGAGCUAAACUGCAAUUUCGAAUAAAAUAUCUCUCAAUUGCUAUCGCAAGAUAAGCAAUAAGAUGUGUUGCUAGUUCUCAAGUAAAGGGAGGAAAAGUUAUCAUCUGUUUUUGAAAAGUUUUAUAAAUCUAAGCAUUUCUAGAACAAAUAUAAUAUUCCACAGAUACAGGAAUAACUUUUGUACCUUCUUUUCGAUAGUAUGAAGGAUCAAAUAGCAGUAUUCGCUAAGUUUUAUCUUCGGUAGAAAUAGAGUUAUGAAUUCGCUUACAAGCAAAUAUUUAUGAGAAUGAUUGGAUUGAUGAGCAAGAUAAAGAUGUAUCAAUAGAAAGAGCAAACUGAUAAAGAUUACUAGGAAAACAUAUUUAAAAAUAUUUAGUAUCUUGAUGAGCAGCUUGCUGAGUAUAAUUAGGAUAUUCCUGAGUUCAGAACUGCUGAGAAACUUAAUGUUAAGACUGAAUUCAGUGGUGUCACUAAAAAUCUAAGAGAAAUUAGGCAAGAUAUUGAAGCUAAAUAUAUGAACAUUGAUUAACUGCAAAGAAAUUAUGAUGCUAGAGCUAUUCCUUUUGAUUAGUUUGAGGAUCAGAUAUAAAGCAAAUAUAAGGUAAUAUAAAAUGAAACAGCCAAAAAGGUGCUCAAACGCUAUUACAAAAAAUUGAUUGUGGUAGAUCAAGAAAUUCAGACAGACAAGGAUACUAAGCUUUUGGACAAGAUUGAGUAAUUGACUAACUAACUCUAUGAGGUAAAAGAGGAAAAAAUGAAUUUAGAAGUUUAAUAUAAUAGAUACGUAGAAAGAUUUUCAUAAUCUGAAUAAAAAAGAUAGCUUUUAUAAGAUAAGAUUAAGGAGUUAGAAUUUGAAAACAAUGAUUAAAAAAUUCAAAUAAAAAUACUUAACACGGAUAUUCUUAAACUUAAAUUGUUCAUAACAGAAUAAAAUAACAAGUAAAGAGAGAUAGAGGAAUUGCUAGAGUUUACAAAGAAGGAAAUGAUGGAAAUUUAUAACUCUAGGAAAUAAAUUGAAGAUUAAAUAAGGAAAUCUACAGGAAUGGCAAUUCUUGAUUUUAUGAAUCUUGAUAAAGGACAAGGGGCUGCAGGUUUAGCUAUUAUCAACUAAUUAGGUCAAAAUAAUAGGUAUAAAACGCUUGGGUAGAAUUCACAAGGCUAUUCAUUGAUAGAUAUUAAUGAUCCUUAAAGAUAAAAUACUAUUGAUACGAACAUAUCUUUAUUAGAUCCAAAUCCUUAGAAUAUUUAUAGAGGUUCAAACUAAACUAGAGAUAAUAGUGCUCUCUAAGAUAAAGCAAAAACAAAUCAAGGAAAGCAAAAAUAUAAAGAAGGAAGAAAUGAACUAACACCAAGAUCUAAAUCAAGAAUGAAGGCGGAAAAAAAGAAAACAGGCAAAAUUAAAUAUGAUUCUAAUGGCAAAGAGAUCAUUUCUAAGGAGGACAAAAAGAAUAAUAAAAAGCAUUCUAAGAAUACCAGUGAUCCUUCAAAAGGAACUGGAGAUAACAAGAGAUCCCUAAAGUAAUCAAUCGAUUUCAAGGAAGGCUAGGAAUUAAAUGAAGAUUCUAUCAAUGAUGAAUAAUUAGUCGAUUCUGAUGAAGAUGAUGCAUAAUAACCAGAAGGGAUUCAACGAAAAUUCAGGACAUUCAGUCCCAAAUCAAUUUAAAGGUCACCUAAUGAUCCAAUAUCAAAAGAUAAUCUAAAGGGAGAUAGUUUCUCUUUGAAUACCAGUAAUAAUUAGAAUAAAGGAAAUGAAAAAGGAAUAAGAACCUAUAAUGGUUAAAAUGGUUAUUAUUAUGCCAAUGAUGGAACUUUGAUUGAAAGAGACAUAAGAGAUCAGUCUCAUACUGGUGUAUAAACUGACAUUGAUAUGUAGAAUUUUAACAUAGAAGCUAAAACUGAUGUAUAUGCAGAAUAAUAAACCAAAAGAGACACAAAAGCAGAUUUCAGGAAAAAUAUUACAAUAAUGUAGUUUUCAUAUUUGUCGAAUGGAACAUCCCCAAAUAGAAAAAAUGCAAUUGAUGAAAAUAAUGAUUCGUAAGAAAGGGUAAAAGAAUAGGAAAAUACUAUUCAGAAAAAGAGUUAAUCUUUAGGAACAAAAGGAAAACUCAUGAAGGGUAAAUUUUAUAACUCAAACAAGAGAAAGACAGAGGCUAACAAUUUAAACAUUUCCUUUGAUGACUUGUUCAUACAUUCUCCAACAAAGCUAGGCAAAGCUAUCAAUAAAAGUCGUGAAAGUUAAGAUUCUCACGAUUAGAGUUAAAAUCUAGGAAAAACACAAGAUGAGUAUAGUUUCGGACAGUUAACCAACAAGAAUCAAUCUCUAGUGAAGGCAAUGGUGCCUAUUGUAGAAUUAUCACCAGAUUCUAGAGAUUUAAAAACAUAAGUUAAUGUUGGAGCAUUGUGA